UGUUGAGAAGAUUAUAUGCAUAGGUUUAGAACAAAACUAUCAAAAAUUGUUAGUUUUUCAGAGUGCUCGUUUGAAAAACCGACUACCAGAAAAAAGAUCAUAUGACGUUGAUCUUCACUAUUGCACCUCCCCCCCACUUUUUUUCUUUCGCCACAUCCCUAGAUAUUACUUUUAAUUAUCGCAUAAUUGUUUUCGAGAAAGUAGUGUUCGAUGUUGGGGACUUAGAAAUUUUCAAAAUACGAGAUAAUUAAUACGUGACGUACAGAGGAAACUCUAUCGUUUCUCCUAUUAGAUAAUUAAUCGUCACGUGAUAUCCUUCGUAGGGAAUAUAUACUAUAGUGCUUGAUAUAAUGAAAGCUAUCGCAGAAUGUAUGAUAGGAUAAUGAGUCAGCUGAUACGAUAAUGUGAAUAAUAUACUGUAGAAAAUAAACGUAGGUGAAUAAAAUUCGAAACAUAUUUUUGUUGUUAAAGGAGAAAACACUAGAUUCUUUCACUGAGAUAUUUCCGGUUUAAAUUAAUUAGCUACGUAGCUUAUGUCAUAGCUAAAAGCUAACCGGUUCCAGAAAUGUUUCACUCAGUCGGCUUCGAAUCUUUGCAGUGCGCAGGUGGCAUCUAGUUUUACUUCCUGCACGGUUUAGUUUGAUUGAAAUAAAUCAUGGUAAUGAGCCAUAUUCAUUUCCUGACGAGAGCGUGUAAUACUGGCCCAUAAAUACGCUGUAAGCAUGUGCGUACGUAUACAUAACGCCGUGAACAUAACACAUCAACUUUUUUCUCUACCAUUGUAUAAUAGAAAGCUUAUGGGUGAACGGUAAAAAUGAUAUUGCAUUCUGCGUAUACAUACUAAAUAUCACUUAUUAAUGUUAAUGACGAUCGUUAAUUUAUAUAGUCCUUGAAUAGGGAGAAAGUAUAUGCGCAAUAAUCGUUUGGAAAAGAGUUUUGCUGCAAAUUUUGAUAAUCAAUUUUUUUCAAUAAGUGAUUUCUUGUAUCGACAAUUGAAAAUCUCAUGUGAUAUUCAUUUACAAUAUCCAAGAGUUUUUAUGUAUAUCAAUUCUAGGCUGUUUGAAUUUAUCCCGACCGACUACAAGUGCAAACAGUCAACGUGCAAACACUCAACAAAAACAAAAUGAACGUGUAUAUUUCAGCAGUGAUGUAAACAGUGGCGAUCCUUAUACAAGAAAAAGUGGAAGAAAAUCAGCUGCUAAUAUCAACAAACGCUCUGUUCCUAUUCGUGGACAAUUAAAAAUUGAUCUGUAUAAUUUUGAUCAUUAUGAUUUUCAAGACAGCAAAUAUGUAUUGACAAGUCCACGUUCUCUAGAAGCAUGUUGCAGAUUGAACAUCAAACCUGUUACAUUGUUACCUAAGCGUUUGGCAGACGUGCAGGAUGAUAUUGGAUCUGAGAAAGUGCGCUUAUCUACACUCGCCGAUGUACGAGACGAAAUGGAAAUUGACAGACUUGCAAAACUUCAACGUUGUCGUGAAGAACGAGAAAAAAUCAUAAAAGAAGAAACACAUGAUUCGUCUGAUAUAAAAGAUGUGACCGUUGAACCAUCGAUAGUUAACCAAGGCAAUCCUGUACGGUUUCCACAAACAAAGUUUACGCCUUCGAGUGCACUUAUUUCCGGUAUUUCACAACCGACAACAGUUCACUCGUCAUCAAUGAGACCUUAUUCAGCUACAAAUGAUACAAAAGGCACAAAUCUUUCAGUGAAAUUUGCUGAUAAUUUAUAUCCUCGGCGAUCAGCAACAAAAAAUGAUAACAUCAUUGCUAAUUCAAUUUUAAAGUCAUCCUUAACAAAAUGGCCAACUGAACCAUCAAAUAUUGAUGAUUAUUUUACGUAUGAUGAAUAUGAAAAUAUUAACGAUAAAACAGGAAACUUGUCCAGAUCGUCAAGUUUCGUUCACGAUAUGAGAAAAAUGAGCAAAAGUUUACAAAAUAUAAACAUGUCAGAAAAUAUGUCGAAACAAACGAAAAAUGAAAAAUACAUGAAUGGACUAGAACGUGUGAAAGACAUGUUGGAAAGACGAGUGACACAAAGCGGUAGUGAUCCUACUGAAACCGAAACUAUAGUAGAUAAAAAAUAUUAUGAACUUCUUCUUGGACAUUAUGAUCAUGAAAUAAAGAUUCAACGAGCGUUGGAGAAUGCUAGACGAAACGAAAAAGAAAAAGAAAAAGAACGUUACGAAACUUUACUGCGUGAUUUUUUGGAACAAACAUUGGCUGACGAACGUAGAGAAAAAGAACGGCGUAGGAAGACACAACAUUUACAUCAAUCGCGGCAGUUAUACGAAACUUUACAGCAUAAAAAUUAUGAACAAAAUAUCAAUGAACAGCAAAUGAGAAGAUAUGAAUUACUGAAUUCAAUAAAGAGGAAAAAUAGAAAAACUCAAUCAUUUUUAAAAGAAAAACAGGACACCGUAAAUUUGUCUCGCUCGUUGGCAAAAUCAUCUCAAGAUAUCAGAGAACUGUUACAUCAGAGCGGGCAAACAUUUGAUCAAAUGGCAAAAAAAGCUGAAUUAACAAGUAGUAUACUUAUCACAAAACCAAAAACAAUUCCAAUUACUCGAAAACAUUUACAAACAUCAAUUGUAAAAGAAAUACAUUGUGGUAUGGGAGAACUACCCAUAAAAUUAUUUGACUGUCCAGAGUUCGCCGAGGGAAAAUAUUGCCAAGCAUUAUGUGCAUUACGUCAUCAUACUAAAGAAGAAAAAGACGCAAUUGCCGCAUAUCGAGCGUUACAAGCAUCUGGGGUUGAAAAAACUUAUCGAAAACUGGGGCCAGUAUUUAUUGUUGCUGGCCCUGAAAAGGCAGGUACGUCUUGGCUGUUUAAUGCAAUUCGAUUAUUAUUAAUGAGGGAAAAAAGUCCUUGGGGUCCUCCAGAUUCAUAUAGACUAAAUCAUAUUUAUAGAAACGAUUUGGAAACACGUUUACAAUCUGCCGAAGGUCGUCCAUUAGUCGUACGCACAAUGAGAAUACCGGAGAAAGAUUGGAACGAAAAUUUAGAUCGUAUUGGUCAUGGAUAUCAUGUUUUUGUGGCACAUCGUGAUUUGAGAGAUAUCAUUGAUGAUUGCCUAUCUAUCGGUUGGAUGAAGCAUGAUUUAGCUGUUAUAUUAACACGUUUGAAAUCGUACGUUGAAGCAUUUGAAGAUUGGAGAAAAAAUGCAAAAGGAGAUUUUCGCUUCGAACAUAUUCAAAAUCAACCAGUGGAACAACUGAAACAUUUGGCACGAUUAAUGAAUAUAGCAUGUGAACAUGGUGAACAAAUCUCAAAAGAAAUUAAUUCAUUGAGACCUGGCCAAGCCAUCGGACCUGAUCCAGUGACAAAAAUGUGGCCAUCACAUAGAGUUGUCGAAACGAAAGCACAUGGUGACGACGGUAAAACAGAAUCGAAUGUGAUCUUGACAAAUCAUUCAAAAUUAUCUGACACUGAACGAAAAAAAAUUCGUGACACAUUCGAAGAUUACCAUGAUCGUUAUGCUUACAUUUGA